GUUCUGGAAAAGUGAGUGAAGAGGGUCAAAGAGUAUGAAUUGUAAUGCAAGUGAAAUAAUGAAGUGAAUAUGUGGACAAGCUUUGCUGCUUCCUACAAGAAGUAAAAUCAGAAGUUAGAAUCUGUCCAAAGUGCCAGUAGCAAUCUCUUUGUUCCUUUGUUUGCCUUUUUCAGGCCAAUGGAAGAUUGUCAAAAUAAAAUAUCCGCAUUUGUGUCCCUGAUGACGCUCGGGGCCCGCUUCCUGCCAUCAGGCGCGGUUUCAGCGGCGGCUUCAGUUAUAGCAACUGUUGCCUUGUGAAUAAAGCGCCGUAGUCCUGGCGACUGUUACCCACCAACAACUCCUCACAACAACAGCAACCGAGAAAAUGAUAACGUUUGAGAUUUGGUUCAACUCUGGGCACUGGGUGAAGAUCGGUUUGAUGCCGGUUUCUUCGGGGAAGGGGAUGAGAUUGAUUUUAUUUGUUUUACGUGGCUUUUUGACAACAGAUUGGUAUCGAUUGGUCUACUACCGAGACGUCUUCAGCAGAGAGUAUUCGGUUUUAUUUUAUUUACGAGGGCUGUGGUGUUUAACUUUGACUUUUAAUAGGUUUCUGCCAAUUCCAGUGCCAGAACCUAGAGGUGAAGAGCAGUGGUCAGAACAGCCCAAUAUGCAGACGUCUGAGGCUGGUUCAGACACCACAUCAACAGUGACUUUGCAGACCUCAGUGGCAGGACAGCAGGCAGUGCAGGCCCAAGUGGUACAACAAGUACCCGUUCAGCAGCAGGUGCAACAAGUGCAGCAUGUCUACCCAACACAGGUGCAGUAUGUGGAAGGGAGUGAUACUGUUUACACCAAUGGAACUAUACGCUCAACUACCUAUCCCUACUCAGAGGCCCAAAUGUAUAGCCAGAACACAGGCGGAACAUAUUUCGACUCCCAAGGAAACUCUGCACAGGUGACAACGGUGGUCUCGUCCCACAACAUGGUGGGCACUGGCGGCAUUCCAAUGGGCGUUACAGGCGGUCAGAUAAUCAGCAGCUCAGGGGGUGCCUAUCUUAUAGGCGGGUCAAUGGAGGGAUCCAAUCACCCAGUCAGCCACACCACACGUGCUUCUCCAGCCACAAUUGAAAUGGCGAUUGAGACACUCCAAAAGUCUGAUGGCUUGACAGCUCACAGAAGUACUCUUCUCAACAGCCAUGCAGGGAUGCUACCACUGAGCCAAGCUGAUACUUUGAAGAAAGUGGAAGUGGACACUUGGAAGAAAGCUGUCUUGCUUCAGUGGCUGUUGGACAACUAUGAGACAGCAGAAGGUGUCAGCCUUCCUAGAAGUACUCUGUACAACCACUAUCUGCGGCACUGUCAGGAACAGAAGCUUGAUCCAGUGAAUGCAGCUUCUUUUGGGAAACUCAUCCGCUCCAUUUUUAUGGGUCUUCGCACCAGGCGACUAGGCACAAGGGGAAACUCUAAAUAUCACUACUACGGCAUCCGGAUUAAACCAGAUUCCCCAUUAAAUCGCUUACAGGAGGACAUGCAGUACAUGGCUAUGAGACAACAGCCCAUGCAUCAAAAACAGAGAUAUAAACCUAUGCAGAAGUUGGAUGGAAUGGGAGAUGGCUUCGCAGGAAGUGGCCAACAGAUUCCUAACUCUGCAGAGCAAACCAUUGUAGCACAGAGUCAACACCAUCAGCAGUUCCUUGAUGCCUCUCGUGCUCUUCCUGAAUUUGUAGAGCUUGAGGUUGGAGAUGGUCCAUUGUUGGAUGGCAUCACUCUUGAGGAUAUCAGAACACUGCAGAUUCUUUAUAGAGAGCACUGUGAGGCAAUACUGGAUGUAGUAGUGAAUCUUCAGUUUAGCCUAAUUGAGAAACUAUGGCAAACAUUCUGGCAUUAUAGUCCAUCAACUUCAACGGAUGGGACUACUAUCAGUCAAACCAGUGAGAAUGAGAUAGAAGGUAGACUCCCGAAGGCAAAGCUCACUGCUCUGUGCAAGAAUGAUUCCGUCCUCAAGUGGAUGUGUACCUGCGAUCAUGUAAUGUACCAGGCUCUGGUGGAAAUCCUUAUUCCAGACGUCCUUAGACCUAUUCCUAGUGCCUUGACCCAAGCCGUUCGCAAUUUUGCAAAAAGCCUCGAAGGAUGGCUAACAAAUGCCAUGAACAAUAUUCCACAGCAAAUGGUUCGCACCAAGGUUGGAGCUGUAAGUGCCUUUGCUCAGACACUGCGUAGAUAUACGUCCCUCAAUCAUUUAGCUCAAGCUGCUCGAGCUGUGCUGCAAAACACAUCUCAAAUUAACCAGAUGCUCAGUGACCUCAAUCGUGUAGACUUCGCCAAUGUCCAGGAGCAGGCUUCCUGGGUAUGUCAGUGUGAUGACAGCACAGUACAAAGACUGGAACAUGACUUCAAGAUGACUCUCCAGCAACAGAGUACCCUGGAGCAGUGGGCUGCAUGGCUUGAUAAUGUGGUAACACAGGUGUUGAAGCCAUAUGAAGGGAGUCCUAGUUUUCCCAAAGCUGCCCGUCAAUUCCUGCUCAAAUGGUCCUUUUACAGUUCCAUGGUUAUUCGAGACUUGACCCUACGGAGUGCAGCAAGUUUUGGUUCUUUUCAUCUGAUACGUCUGCUCUACGAUGAGUAUAUGUUUUAUCUGGUGGAGCACAGAGUGGCUCAAGCUACUGGUGAAACACCUAUAGCAGUGAUGGGAGAGUUUACCGAUCUCAGUGGUAUGUCUCCAGUAAACAUGGAUAAAGAUGAAGGCAGUGAAGUUGACAGCGAAAUGGAUGAUGAAUUGGAAGAUCCUGGAGAACCACCAUUCAAAAGAGAAAAAAUAGACCUGACCCAGACACUACAGAGUGUCUGUGUUGCACCAUCUCUCAACAGCAGCAUGCAGCAGGACCCACUGAUCCCUCUUCAUGCUGACCAAAUCAUUACUAGUGUGGCUAGUGCCAGGCACUGCAGCACUGCUGGAAGUACGUACACGGCAGUCUAACCAAUAAUUUGACCAUUCAUUGAUUAUCCCUCUUCUUUACUUCAAGCCUGAAGUCUGACUGUGUUGUGGCUUCAACUAUUGAGAUGAUACAUACUGCUAUGCUGAAUGUUACUCUCAUACACUAACUGGGUGUAUAUAGGUUUUGUUUUUAGGUUAUUUUUGGUCCCAUAUUGAUCAUGUUGACUAAAGGGACUCUGUAG